AUGCCAAAUCUGAAAGUACUGUUGAUCACUGUUCUUGGCUCUUUCCUUGCCAUUAAUCGACUCAACAUACUCAGUACAUCUGCCAUUGACAGCAUGAACACUAUGGUGUAUUUUGUGUUUUCUCCUGCUCUUGCUUGUAGCAGCCUGGCCAGUACCAUAACUCUAAAGAGUUUGAUUGCAUUGUGGUUUAUGCCAUUUUGUAUAGUUGUGACAGUUAUAGUUGGAACAGCACUUGGAUGGUUACUUGUUAAAAUAACAAGAGUUCCUUAUCAUCUCCGAGGGCUUGUGUUGGGAUGUUGUGCUGUAGGAAAUAUUGGAAACUUGCCUUUAAUGGUAGUUUCAGCCAUCUGUAAGGAAAAAAGCAACCCAUUUGGAGAUGAACAUUCUUGUCACGAAAAUGGAAUGGCAUAUGCAUCUCUUUCAUUGGCACUAGCAUCUAUUUUAGUUUGGUCUUUUGCAUACAACAUUGUGAGGAUAUAUUCAAAUAAAGAGGUCUCCAGUGUCGACAAAGUUGUUGAAUUAAAGGAAAAUCCGACGUUGGCAUCAGAAAGUGAUCCAAAAACCAUGUCAAAUGCUAACAAUUCUGUGGAUCAACAUGAAAUUGAAACCUAUAUACUGCCAAAUGAUGGUUACCCUAUUCAAUAUUGUGGAGAAGAAGAAGUUAAUGCAAUACCUAAAGAUAAUAUUUCCUCCUACGUUGAUUGGAGCGGUUUGAAAGGAGAAGGAGUGAAGUUUUCACUUAUUUUUGGCAUCAUUGUGGUGAGAAAUAUUGUGUUGCCAGUUCUUGGAGUAGCCACUGUGAAAGGUGCUAUUCAUCUUGGCUUGAUCCAUCAUGAUCCGUUAUAUGAGUUUGUGUUACUGCUUCAAUUUGCUCUUCCACCAGCAGUGGCUAUAAGUACAUCUGCUCAAUUGUUUGGAUCAGGGAAGGGUGAAUGCUCAAUUAUUAUGCUUGCAACUUAUUCCUUUGCAGCAGUGUCCCUUACUCUUUGGUGGUUCAUGCCAGUAAGUAUUUUUGUAACAUAUAUUGCUGGCACAUUACUUGGAUGGUUACUGAUCAAAACAGUUAGUGUUCCUCCUCAUCUGCAUGGCCUUGUAUUGGGAUGCUGUGCUGCAGGAAAUCUGGCCAGUUUGCCUCUUACCGUAGUUCCAACUAUCUGUAAAGAAGAAAACAAUCCUUUUGGAGAUGAAGCUAUUUGCCACAGAAAUGGACUUGCAUUUGCUUCUCUGUCAAUGGCUGUUGGAUACACUUAUGCUUGGUCUUUUACAUUCAACAUUGUUCGUAUAUAUUCACCCAAGAUCUCCAAUGUAGUCAAGGUUGACGAAUCCACUGUAAAUCCAAAGUCUGCAAUAGAAUCUGACCCAGAAAACCUUUUAAAAAGCUCUUGUGGAGAAUUGAUCAUGAAUGGGGGGGAUACAGCAAAGCCUAAUGGUGGCAUGGAUCAACCUGAAUUUGAGUGUAAAGUGCCUAAUGGACAAGCAAAGGUACCAGGAAAGUUGAAGUUUAUGAAACAGUUGAAACUAUUAGCUGAGAAGAUCAACAACAUGAAGAUACUAAUUGCUCCUUCCACUAUGGCAGCAGUAUAUAUUAUGGGUGUGACAAUUGGUAUUGUGCCUCAGUUUCGAAAACUGCUAGUUGGUGACAAUGCUCUCCUUCAUGUGGUUCAAGACACUUUGACCAUGCUGGGGUGA